GCAUUUCUUCUUUUGGCGAUAAAUAGUCACAGAAACAUUUGUGGAUGCUUUCGUUGUGUGGGGGUGCAGGCAUCUGCCCAAGCCUCUUCAGCUAUUGGGUGGUGGUGUGGCUUUUAAAAGAAAUCUGGAACUCUGGAGGUCUAAUGUGCUUCUGAAGGCUUUGCCAGAAGUUUUCAGUAGAUAGGGAACUCACCCAGAGGUGUCUGGGAAAGGAUGCACCUAACCUUGGAAAUCACAUGUUUCCUUGGGUAACUACAAGCUUUUAUUUUACAGAGUUGUUUUUUCAAUUAUUUUGUUGUUGUUGCUCUAGAAGAGAGGCAUUUCCUCUUCUGGAGGUGGGGACUGUGUAGUAAUGCAUACUGUGGCUGUCUCUCUGAGGUACUUCAGUCCUUUUGGGAAGGAAGUUCAGCAAAACCUACCGUGUUUUGUGCUCUAUCUACAAGUUUCGGUUCAGAGAUGUUCAGAUCCCAGCUGGUCUGUGUGCAGGUUCAAAAGUACUCAUCAAAAGGCGUGUUGGGACUUCAGUUGAAAGUGAAAUCUGCAUCACCCUCUGGGAAGGCUGGCUGGCUGGUGUGUCAGCUGUCAGCCACGCACACCUGGUCCAAAACCAGCUGGUAUCUGAAACGGCCCGGACUUGCUGGAGGCAGCCUGGUUGACCCACGGAUGCUGUGAACCAGGAGCUGACCAAAAAGAGGGAGAGCUCCAGGAUUCCUCCCCGGAAAAGAGUGCCUGCUGGGGUGUGUGCAGAAGAAUGGCUGCGGCAGAACCUCUGACCGCUUUCUCCCGAUGGUACCUCUACGCCAUUCACGGCUAUUUCUGUGAGGUGAUGUUCACAGCUGCCUGGGAGUUCGUGGUCAACUUUAACUGGAAGUUCCCAGGUGUAACCAGUGUGUGGGCACUCUUCAUCUAUGGCACCUCCAUCCUCAUUGUGGAGAAGAUGUAUCUGUAUCUCAAAGACAAGUGUAACAUUUUAGUGCGCUGCUUCAUUUACACACUUUGGACAUACCUUUGGGAGUUCACCACCGGCCUCAUCCUACGCCAGUUCAAUGCCUGCCCAUGGGACUAUUCCCAGUUUGAUUUUGACUUCAUGGGCCUGAUCACCCUGGAGUAUGCCAUCCCAUGGUUUUGUGCUUCUUUCAUCAUGGAGCAGCUGGUGAUCAGAAACACCCUGCGCUUAAGAUUUGAUGAGACUGCCGAGCCGGGGGCCCCCACCGUCCCCGUUGCCUUGGCCAACGGCCAUGUGAAGACUGAUUGAGCAGUGACUCAGAACCACACUUAGCACUCUGAGAGAGCUCAGGCCUCUACCACAGACUGCCAGCUCUGGCUCUGAGGUACUGCUCCUCGCUGUAUGAUAAGAUUCAUAAACCCCAUUUUUCUAAUGGGGGUGUGCAUGGGAUAUACCAGAAAAAAAAAAUGGAACCAAUAGAUUUUCUAUGGAUUUUACUCUUUGGGCUCCAAGGACCAAUAUCAGUUACUUGUUAGUUAGGUCGUUUCUGAUUUUAACUUAUUACAGAUGAAAGCAGUCCUUUUGCUUACACUUCUAUGUGGAGAAAGAAGAUAAAGAAAUGAUACGAUGGAAAUGCAUCAAAAAAAGAAAAAACCUAAUUAGUGGAUGGGCAUGGACAUGCCAGCUAAGUUAGUGAUUGGCUUACUCCAUUAGGCAAUAUUCAGGUGCUUGCUUGCAACCAAUACCUCCCGUGGGACCUGAGAUGCUGCAGGAACAAGGAAAAUCCAUCUGCUGUUGAGAAGAACCUAAGACUGGCAGUCUGUUGGGGAGGUAGAUGGUGUUCCCCUCAUGAGGUCCCAUUGGCCUCUCCCCAGGUUCUUUAUUGCACCACAAAAUAAUCUGGUGCUGGACAUCUUGCUGAAUUUAUACAGAUCUUGUACUUUUUGAAAUCUCAGUCCUAUAAAUUUUUUUUUCCUUUUUUUUUUUUUUUUUUUUAAAUAAAGGCCUUUUUUGCCAAGUGAAUUUUACCAUAAUCUGUGCAAUCUGAAUCUUGGCAAAAGGCACAAGAAAUAGCAUAAGUCUUCCCGUCUCCUCUGUCCCCUCAAAGCAGACCUUGCUGAAGGGUCUGCUGCAGAUUCCAGCUCCCAUCUCAGCCGUGCAAAUCUUGUAGACUGUACAGGCCACAAGAGUUUUCUGCCUUCUUCCCAGGGAUUCCUCUGUUUCUGGUGAUGGUGAUGUUGAUGACAGUCUGGCUGCAACCCAUUGUAUUUGAAGGUCAAAAUCUUCAUGUAUCUAAUAUGGUGUCCAGGAUUUGGUCCUCUGGCACUGACUCUCACCUUCCUUCAGCACUGGCAGGUCUUGGCUCAGUUCUGCCCAGUGUUCUCGGUGUUUCAAGAGGAUUUGCUUUUUCUUCCCAAAUUCUGCUUUAAAUAACCAAAACCACAUUGUCAUGACAAUAAUUUGAGGCAGCAAGAGAUGUGCCAUGCUGCCUGAUACAGUAUUUAAAACAAAACAAAACAAAACCAAGCAACAAACAAAAAGUAAAGCAAAAAAACCCUCUCUGAAGAGCACUUCUUCAUGCUCUGCCUGAGUGAGGCUUUGUGCUGGGAGGUGAGAGCAGCAGUGGAGAGGUGGAGUGGGACGGAGUGCUGUGGCUCUGUGGUGGAACUACCUGCACCAGGGACAGUUUGAAAUUUAACCUACUGGGGACAUUUGAGGAGUACAGGGAAAGUUGCUGUGCAGGGAAAGUACUUGAUAGUGACAGUCACAGUUUCGUAAUUUGCUCUGGCAAGUCUUAGCUUUUGAAAUUAGCAACAAAUAUGGAGCUUCUAGCUGUCACGAUGUAUCUCAUUCCUAACUGGUUCAUGGGGAAGGUUUGCUGCAGUUGCCCUGUAGGGCCAGAUUAAUUUUAGGUCUUCUUCCAACAUAGUCAACAGAGCUGCACCAGGGAUCAAUUUGGCUUGAAACGCAAACGUGUUGUAGGAUUCCACUCUUGUAUUGGAAGUGGCUGGGCUAUUUCCGUGUGGGUCCCCUGUCUCUGACAAGGAGUGCUCAGCUGUGAAGCUGUUCCUUGCCCCAGGGUGUCCAUUCCGGGGGGGAAAGGCACUCCUGGCCCUGUGAGGGGAAUUGUUUGGUGGUUCUGCUCUUAUGAAGGCAGUGUUAAUCCUUUUUUGGAUCACACGGAGUGUAAUUAUUUUAUCCUUCCCCUACCCCUUUUCACAUGGCAUCCGUUGCUGGCAAUGGACACAUGAAAACACCGGCAGCAAGGAGUUAAUCAAACCUGCCCUGGGGUACACAAUGUCUCCUGAAGCACCUAGAAUACUUAGGUGGGUAUUUAGAGUUCCCGUUUUAUAGCUCGUUAAAUUAAAAGAGAACAAACACUGAACAGCUUUUUUUUUCAUGCUGUGAUGCCAGUGUUAUGAAAUCAGAGAAACAGUAUGUAGUUUGUCAGCCUUGAUGGCCUCAGGUGUGUAGACCCAGAUGAAAGAGUCACCUGACCCUGUACCUGGGGAAAAAAGAAGAGAUGAGAAUUGUACAUGGGAUAAUACAGAUGAGCUCUAUUGGACCAGAACAAGACUUGCAAGGUGUAGGUGAGAGUUGGGAUCUCAUUUUGGACCUGGUUCUGUCAGGGGCACUAAACAGUCCAAAGCUGGGUUGUCCUCUCACAGCAUAGCUUAAGUGCAGUGUUGUGCUGCCUCCUACAUCACCCCUGCAUCAUCUGAAACCCUCAGCUUCAUAGAAACAUCCUUAGGAUCCCUGCUUUCUCCUUAGGUAUUACAAUACUCUUUAGAAAAGGUUAAAAGGAGUUAGCAACAUGAUUUGGUGAUUCCCAGCUGCAGCUGGGACUAGGGGAGGAGGAGUGGCUGUCUACAGAGCUAACCUGGUGCACAGUAAGAGUCGUGUGUCUUGACUUCAGAAGGUCCCCACUAAAUUAAACUGGUUUUGCUCAGUGAUGUAAUAUUUAGAUGCUCAAACUAUGGAGAGGUUUCCCAGCAGCAUCUAGUAUCUUAUUCCAUUAUUCUUCUUGCCUGUGCCAUUGUAACAGCUAUUGUAGUCUGCUUUCCUCUGAUGUGUACCACCCAGCUAUUGCAUCUUCAAAGAGUGGUAAUUUAUAUCCAGAAGUGCACUUUACUUGCAGGUUGCACACCAGAAACAGAAAGGGACCCAGCAAAUUCUUAAAUAAAUUCAAAUAUUUGUACCUAAUUCCAUGUAACUAAUGCAGCAGGAUUAGCCAGACUUUGCCUUUCUGAGCAACAUGGCUGCAGACAGAGCUUUGUCUUUUCUGCAAAAUCUCCCUUUUUAAUACAUGUGAUGCUUCUUAUAACAUCUUAUGGAAGUGCCCAGAGCACAUUACCAGGGUCUCAGUGGCAGCUCAGUGAGAGCUCGGGAGCUGGACUGAAGUUGUAGAGACAUUUACGUUAAGAAGAUAAAAACGCACAAGGCCUAACAUUUGUUUGUACGUGUAUGUUCCUCAGUAGAUUAAAGUUGCCUGUUUUGAGUUCACCAGCAAUAAAAAAACGUUGUGAUUUA